UCCAUUGCUACUUCCUUAUCAACCCUCUCUUUAUCCCUAUCCCUCAAAAAAUCUUAAUUACUCCCCGCCCCCCUAAGAAAAAAGAAAGCAUGAAGAAGAUCAAUGUAAUACUCCGCAAGUGCAAGAGCUUGUCUAAGCAACUAGGAAGAUCUUCAUCAUAUAGUAGCCUGAGGUCCAAAUCUGCUAAGGAAGACUUAUGGGCAGGACAUGGAAUGCAAGAUGAAGAAAAUUGUGAAACUAUAUUUGUUGGCAGCACAAGGAAACAGUAUAUGAUCAGCUCCAAGUAUCUGAAUCAUCCACUUCUUAAAGCUUUGAUCAACAAGUCAAAGCAAAAGGGCAGUGAUGAAAGUGUUUUGGUGGUUAACUGUGAGGUGGUUCUCUUUGAUCAUCUAUUGUGGAUGUUAGAGAACGCAGAUCCUAAGUUUGGUUAUGACUCUUUCGAAGAAUUGGCUGAACUCUAUGUGUUUUAAGAGUAAUUUUA